AUGAAUGGGCACGAUUCAACAGCUGAAAAUAUUCCACUAGAGGAGGUAAUCCAAAUGGGUAUCGAAGUGGAAGAUGUAAGCAUGAUUUCGGAAGCCCCGUCGCCUUUACGGACGCCACUUGCAGAAAAUUUCACGCUGAGGUCAGGUAAUUCGCACAUCUCAGAGAGGAGAACACCACGGGCGAACUUGAAAAGAAAGCGCAUGGAAGAAGACGGUGAUGCUCGGAAGAAAUUUUUGGAAAUAGCAGAAAAACAGGCAGAUGCACUAAAGAUGCUAGCCCAGUCGAGUGUAGAAACCGUAGAAGUCGCGAAACAACAAGCAGAUGCUUUAAAGAUCUUAGCCGAAAGCAGCUCUGCAAGUGCCCAGGCGAAUAAAAUGAUGGCGAAGGCAAUAGCCGUAUUUUGGAAUGGUUUAAGCGCUACCGCGGAAGCAUUCAACAAUCUAACGCCAAUCAUAAGCCAAAUACUCAAAGGACAUACUCGCGCUUUUUAA